GUCAUCGACUUGGUAAAGAAGUUACAUUCGCCAGAGCUGCAAUGGAUCCCAUCUCGAUAGAUCCCGGGCUCUACCAACUAUAUGGCUUGGGAUAUGAUAGGCUCAGUUAUUAAUAAUUUUCAUAUUUGAUGAGACAGCCGGCUUAUUAUCUAUCCCCCAUGUACCUUUUCUAGGUGAGACCCUGCAUGCGGGGGGGUAGUCCAUCACAAAGACCGCGAUAUCAGUACGCCAAUCUGGGGCAUGCAUGGGGAGAGCCUCGGGGCCUAAGCUACCUACUGAUAAGCAAAAUAUAUAUUACAUAUACACUUGAUAGCGUUCCGCAGUCGCGGUCCAACGAGUUUAGAAACUAUAUAAUACCGCCAUUCCCAAAUUUUGCGCAUUUUAGUCACUUAGUCGUCUAAUUCGCGGUCUGUUUAGCGAGUCCUAUACACUGACAUUGCAUUCUUGUCUCCAGUCUUAAGUAUAGCAGAAAGACAGAAUGGCGACCGCAACAGUGGCGGCGCCAUUAGACCAGGGCGUCGGAUAUGGUGUUGUCCUUGGUCUGGGGUUUGGAUUUGCUCUCGGAAUGAUACUAGUUACAUUCGUCCUCAAGCGAUAUAACUCAGAACUCCAAACGUCCGAAAUGUUCAACACCGCCGGCCGAACAGUUAAGAGUGGAUUAGUUGGUUCUGCCGUUGUUUCUUCGUGGACUUGGGCGGCUACACUUCUACAGAGCUCGGGUGUUUGCUAUAGAUAUGGUGUUUCUGGCCCAUUUUGGUAUGCUUCGGGAGCGACCGUUCAGAUUCUACUCUUCGCAACCUUAGCCAUUGAAUUGAAGCGACGCGCUCCAAAUGCGCAUACUUAUCUCGAAAUAAUAAAAGCUCGAUACGGAACUGUCGCCCACAUCGUCUUCAUGAUGUUCGGUCUUGCGACAAACAUCCUCGUUAGUCUUAUGCUAGUAGUCGGCGGUUCUGCGACAGUGAGCGCCCUUACUGGAAUGAACACUAUCGCGGCUAUAUACCUACUACCCAUUGGUGUUAUCGCAUAUACUUUGGUCGGUGGUCUAAAGGCAACGAUCCUAACGGAUUGGAUCCACACCUUCAUUCUACUCAUCAUUAUAAUCAUAUUCUCUUUGACGGCUUAUGCUUCGUCCGACAGACUUGGAUCUCCGUCAGCUGUAUAUGAUCUAUUGGUGGAGGCAGCGUUCAAUCACCCCGUCGAAGGUAAUGCACAGGGUAGCUACCUAACUAUGCGCUCAAAAGAGGGAGCUAUUUUCUUCGUUAUCAAUAUCGUUGGUAACUUCGGCACCGUAUUCCUUGAUAAUGGAUACUAUAAUAAGGCUAUUGCAGCAUCGCCUGUUCAUGCGCUCCCCGGCUACAUCCUUGGUGGCCUUAGCUGGUUUGCUAUCCCUUGGCUGACUGCGACGACCAUGGGUCUCUCUGCUCUGGCUCUAGAGAACACACCAGCUUUCCCAACGUACCCUAACCGCAUGUCCGAGGCCGAUGUAUCGGCUGGUCUCGUGCUCCCGUAUGCUGCUGUCGCUCUUCUAGGAAAAGGAGGCGCAGCUGCGACACUAUUGAUCAUAUUUAUGGCUGUCACGUCCGCGACUUCAUCCGAGUUGAUCGCUGUCUCGUCUAUCUUCACUUACGACUUUUACCGCACUUACUUCAAGCCCGACGCUAGUGGUAGACGUCUUAUUUACAUGUCGCACGUUAUCGUCGUGACUUAUGCAUUGUUCAUUUCCACGUUUUCUGUUGGUCUUUACUACGCGGGGAUUUCAAUGGGUUAUCUAUACCUCAUGAUGGGCUGCAUCAUCUCUUCUGCUGUGAUACCCGCCACUUUGACGCUUGUGUGGAAGGGACAGAACAAGUGGGCCGCAGCACUAUCUCCCAUCUUCGGGCUUGCGUUCGCUUUGGUCGCAUGGCUCGUGACCGCUCGAAAUGAAUGUGGUUCCUUGGAUGUCGCAUGCACGGGGUCUAACAACCCCAUGCUUGCUGGAAAUGUUGUUGCGCUUCUGUCCCCUCUUGUCCUCAUCCCGAUCUUCACUCUUAUCUUCGGAAUGGAUAACUACGACUGGAAGUCGAUGAUGAACAUUCGUAGAGGUGAUGACCACGACCUUGCUGCGACAGCGGGUGUGGAUCUGGAGCAGACAGUAGGAGGACACGUCGAGACAGACAACGAGUUCGUGGUAGAGCAAUCGAAGCUGGCACGGGCUAGCAAGAUUUCUAAGUGGACGACGGUGGGACUCACACUUGCCUUCUUAGUUCUAUGGCCGUUCCCCAUGUAUGGUAGCAACUACGUGUUCUCCAAGCCGUUCUUCACGGGUUGGGUCACCGUGGGCAUCAUUUGGAUCUUCUGUUCGCUCGGCGCUGUUGGAAUUUUCCCUGUCUUCGAGGGAAGAAAGACGUUGGCGAGAACAUUCAAAGCUAUCGUGCUUGACUUGUCGGGGAAGAGACAUGUUACCACAAUUCGCGCGGAAAACAAUACUGCCGCGAUUGAUGGAAAGGCGGCGUCGGGCGUUGAGACCCCACCUGUUUCGAAGGAGCCCGCUACUACAGAGACAGGCGAAAAGGGUGAAUGAGCAUGAGACUCUGGGAAUAAGGGGUUGCCAAUUAGGAUGGAAGGAUUUGGUAUGAUUGACUGUGGAUUGGAAAAGAUACCCCGUAUACGUCUUGAAAAUAGGAUUAGCUAGGUAGGUACCUAGAUAUUGUU